AAGAUCGUUUUAAUCACGGCAGAUCGCACAAUAGUACAAAAAGCUUCCCAAGGACUUAGAUCUAGAUAGCGUGCACCAUUAUAGAUAGCAUGGCCCCGGGGUAGCGAGGCAUGACUCGCAAAUCAGGCAUCCGUGGUAAGAAAAAUAUAAGCAAUACUUAAUCAUAAAUCUGUGUAAUGGAGUGCUUUACAUGGAACACAUAACGGUAGAUAUUAAUCCUAUCAACCGACCUAUACCAAACUGCCUCCUACAUAGUGACGCCGUAUGUGAAAACUUUACCCCAGUCACCCUCCCCCAGAGGUUUUUGAGGGUGAGAAAACCAGGGGAGGAUGAGGACGAGCAGGACUGUCCCGGAGCCCGGGAAAAAGACCUAGCGUCCGCGCUGCAGUGGGUGAAACAACAGAUGGUGAUAUUGCGGAAAGAUGACAUAAAACUUAUGCGACGGUUUUUAGAUCUUCACGCCGCCAUGAUGGAACUUAAAUGGUUAUAUGAGGGUGCGUGUUCCAUGUCUGACGUCAGCAGCUACAACGGAAGUAAUAUGUCACUAGAUGACGUCAUGGAAUCUUCCGUAGACCAUUGCAUCUCAAACGACGUACAUGACACAGAGUUUCGAGAAAGAACUACUUCAUUACAAAUUCCAAGAAAAUCCCGUGUCACAAGAAUUCGAUGGAAAAGUAACGAGAUCAUUUGACAAUCAUUACAAUGUUUACUUAAAUGAUUGCUCCUGAAACUUCCGCCAUGGCUUACGCAAAUCUUAUCAAUGUCGAUGUGUUUAUCAGAAUCUUAUUUUAACAUCAUCGAGGAAAACUGUAUUCUUUGCUGUGUAAUUUUAAUUCAGAAAAAUGUUAUUUUGUUGCACUGCAUAAAUUUUUGGAAGGGAC